AGCUGUCCGCGUGCACAAUGGCUGUCACCGACGAUGAAGUUAUACGGAAGCGUCUUCUGAUUGAUGGAGAUGGUGCUGGUGAUGACCGUCGUAUUAACCUGCUGCUGAAAAGCUUCAUUAAGUGGUGUAAUUCUGGUUCUCAGGAGGAGGGGUAUAGUCAAUACCAGCGAAUGCUUGGUACAUUGGCACAAUGUGAAUUUUCUAUGGGAAAAACGUUGCUGGUGUAUGAUAUGAAUCUUAGAGAAAUGCUCAACUAUGAGACAAUAUAUAAAGACAUAGAAAAUAACAUUUCAGCUGCACACGACAAAAUUGCCGAUUGCAAAAAGCAGAUUCUACGAGCAAAGCGAAUACGGAAAAAUCGUCAAGAAUAUGAUGCAUUAGCAAGAGUGAUCCAGCAACAUCCAGACAGGCAUGAAACUUUACAGCAGCUAGAAGCACUGGGAAAAGAACUUCAACACCUUUCUCAUAUAAAAGAGAGUGUGGAAGAUAAGCUUGAACUGAGAAGAAAACAAUUUCAUGUUCUCCUCAGCACCAUACACGAACUACAGCAAACUUUGGAAAAUGACGAGAAAUUGUCAGAAGCUGAUGAUUGCCCAGAGACUGAAAUGGAGAUGCAAAAUGACCACUAGUGGAAUUGCUGCUGAAACUUUGUAUUUAGGUUGUGUCAAAACAUCUUUUGACAUGAGCAAACUAGAACUAAGUUUUGUUUGAAACAUUUUGUGUUCACAUUGUAAAAUGAGUUGAGUUGUUCAAACAAAUACAAAAAAUCUUUAUUCAUUGAGAAGUUGGAAAUGUUUGAAAAUAAAAAUUUCCUGCAAGUUAUGGUUGGAUAGACACAAUAGUAAAUUUACAGUUGUUACUCCAAAGGAUCUAGGGUGUUCAUUAUGGAAUCUAUAUCUCAUUAAAAUAAAGUCAAAACAAGCAAUUUAAAUAACUAAUUAGUGCAAGAUAAUAUUUUUCUCAAUUGACUAUCAAAAGAAAACUGGAAAUGCUUCCCAGGUGCCAACCAACAUAUUUUUUGCCAUCUGUUUUUUAUAAAAAACACUUUCCUUAAGCUUUUGUUCAAGAACUUGAUUACUGUAACUGACUACAAUUGUCAAGUGAAUCAAUCAUUAACUUUAUUAAUAGACUAGAUAUAUUGGGGACAGUCUUUGCCUAGAGGUCUAUUUUCUCUUAAAAUUUAAGAUUGCACAUGAUUGAGGAAAACUAAUAUAUUUUUAAUUUGGGAGCUAUUUUUCAAUAAUAUUAUUUUCCACAAUUCUGCUUUACAGGCUAAGAUUGGGUGAAAUUUCAGGCUUCUCUGCUCUCUAAUAAAAUGUAUUCCCCCUUUUAUGUUUUCUAUUUUUAAACAUUGCCUCUGAUAGUAAUGAGCUAAACUUGUUUUUGUUUUGUACCAUUGUAACACACAGAAUAAAACUUACCUGAUUUU